UUAGAAGUUACCCUUUACCAACUAAGGGAAGAUUUAGAAAGGGACCUAAAUCAUUUAGCCAUGGAGCUUUGUUCCACUUUCACACACUUGUCUUGGCUCAAAAAGAAAGAUUUGAACUACAAAAUCUAUUACUAAGGCUUUUUGGUUGAGUGCUUUGGAACCAUUAAGACUUUUUCUUCCUUUCAAAUAUUCCUAAAGAAACACUUUUUAUGUUCCUUAUAGCAUUUGUAUAAGGUAGACAUAACAAUAAUACCCUCUACUAAGAUUACAAAGUACUUUAAUCACAACUAGUAAAUUCAAUUUAGAAUACCCUUGUUGAGACUUUAUUUACUAUCUAAGCAAGGAUAGUCAUACAGAAUUCCAAGAGAGUUGGCAAUGGUGGAAAGUAGAGAGAUUAUCUGAGAGAAUUGUAAACACAAGAUUAGAAGACCCAAUAUGCAGCUGAGAACUCAGUUGUUGUUCUUCUACUUCUUUUGCUGCUGCUUCAUUGGUUGCUUUUGUCAUAUUGAUGAUGAAGUAUCUGCUUUGCUUUCAAUCAAAGCUGGUCUUAUUGAUCCAUUGAAUAGCCUCGAAGACUGGAGGAAUGGAGCUCACUGUAACUGGACUGGAGUUUCAUGCAACAAUGAAGGACAUGUCCAGAAUCUUGAUCUCUCCCACAAGAAUCUCAGUGGCAUUGUCUCUGAUGAAAUCCUAAAGCUGAGGAGUUUGACCUCUCUAAACUUAUGCAGUAAUGGGUUCUCUUCUUCAUUGCCAAAAUAUAUAGCUAAUCUCACUACUCUGCAGAGCCUUGAUGUGAGCCAGAAUUUCUUCAUUGGUAGCUUUCCGGUUGGUCUUGGAAGAGCAGCCGGGCUCAUUUAUCUGAAUGCCUCCAGCAAUGAUUUCACAGGACUGAUUCCUGAGGAUCUUGGGAAUGCUACUUUGUUAGAGACUCUGGAUCUCAGAGGCAGCUUUUUUCGAGGAGUCAUUCCUAAAUCCUUCAAGAACUUACGGAAGCUGAAGUUUCUUGGCCUUUCUGGGAAUAACCUUACUGGCCCAAUCCCACCUGAGCUGGGGCAGCUUUCUUCAUUGGAGAGUAUCAUUCUCGGGUAUAAUGAAUUCGAAGGUGGUAUACCAUCUGAGUUUGGAAACCUCACCAGUCUAAGAUAUCUUGAUUUGUCAGUUGGCAAUCUUGGCAAGGAGAUUCCAGCUGAAUUUGGGAGACUUAAGAGUUUGGAGACUGUUUUCUUGUACAAGAACAAAUUUGAAGGUAGAAUUCCACCCGAAAUUGGCAGCAUUAUUCCACUACAGUUGCUAGAUCUCUCUGAUAACAUGCUAUCAGGGAAAAUCCCAGUUGAAAUAACCGAGUUGAAGAACCUGCAGCUUCUGAAUCUGAUGUGCAACCGUUUAUCAGGUUCAGUCCCUAGUGGACUUGGCAGCUUGCCUAAACUGGAGAUUCUUGAGCUGUGGAACAAUUCGCUUUCGGGCCCUUUGCCAAGUGAUCUUGGAAAGAACUCACCAUUGCAGUGGUUGGAUAUAUCUUCCAACUCAUUCUCUGGUGAGAUUCCACCAACCUUGUGUGACAGGGGCAAUCUCACCAAGCUCAUACUUUUCAACAAUGACUUCUCAGGUCCAAUCCCAGUUGGCUUGUCGACAUGUUCAUCGCUUGUCCGCGUCCGAAUGCAGAACAAUCUCAUAUCUGGGACGAUACCUAUUGGAUUUGGCAAGCUUGAGAAGCUUCAAAGGUUAGAAUUGGCUAAUAAUAGUAUCACUGGUCUAAUCCCAAAUGAUAUCUCUUCUUCUACAUCUCUUUCUUUCAUUGACUUCUCCCAAAACCGCCUUCAUUCCACUCUUCCUUCCACCAUUCUUUCCAUUCCUAGUCUGCAAAACUUCCUAGUCUCCAAAAACAACUUAGAAGGAGAAAUCCCAGGUCAGUUCCAGGACUGUCCUUCACUUUCUGUGCUCGACCUUUCCUCAAACCAUGUUUCUGGAAUCAUUCCAUCAAGCAUUGCUUCAUGUGAGAAACUGGUCAAUCUGAAUCUCAGGAACAACCAGUUGAGUGGAGAGAUACCAAAACCAAUGUCAAUGAUGUCCAUGUUGGCCAUUCUAGAUCUAUCUAAUAACUCUCUUUCUGGUGGAAUACCAGAAAACUUUGGAAUCUCUCCAGCCUUGGAGAACCUCAAUGUCUCAUACAACAGAUUGGAGGGUCCUGUUCCUGCUAAUGGAGUACUAAGAACAAUAAACCCGAAUGAUCUUGUGGGCAAUGCUGGUCUCUGCGGUGGUGUUCUCCCUCCAUGUUCUCAGAACUCAACAUUUUUAUCAAGGCGCCAUAGUUGGCACAUUAAGCACGUUAUUGCUGGUUGGAUCAUAGGAAUAUCAUCUGUUUUAGCCAUUGGAAUAGCCCUUUUCGGAGCUCGAACGCUGUACAAAAGGUGGUACUCAAAUGGGAUUUGCUUUGGAGAAAGUUUCCAAAUGGCCAAUGGUGAGUGGCCAUGGAGAUUAAUGGCUUUCCAGAGACUUGGCUUUACAAGUGCAGACAUUCUGGCUUGUGUCAAGGAAUCAAACGUGAUUGGAGUUGGAGCUACUGGGACUGUUUAUAAAGCUGAGAUCUCACGGUCAACCACAGUUGUAGCUGUUAAGAAGCUAUGGAGAUCAGGAGUGGACAUUGAAACGGGAAACAGCAAUGAUUUAGUUGGAGAAGUCAAUCUCUUGGGGAGACUAAGGCACAGAAACAUUGUCCGCUUAUUAGGAUAUCUGCAUAAUGAUACAGAUAUCAUGAUUUUGUACGAGUUCAUGCCUAAUGGAAACCUUGGAGACGCUUUGCAUGACAAACAAGGAGGAAGGUUACUUGUAGAUUGGGUUUCACGUUACAACAUAGCUCUUGGAGUAGCUCAAGGGCUUGCUUAUCUCCACCAUGAUUGUCACCCGCCGGUCAUUCACCGCGAUGUCAAGUGUAACAACAUUCUACUUGAUGCAAAUCUCGAUGCAAGAAUCGCUGAUUUCGGGUUGGCUCGUAUGAUGUUGAGGAAGAAUGAAACAGUUUCCAUGGUGGCUGGAUCCUAUGGCUACAUGGCCCCUGAACUUGGAUACACAUUGAAGAUUGAUGAAAAGGUUGACAUAUACAGUUAUGGAGUGGUUCUGUUGGAGCUUCUCACUGGAAAACGACCGUUAGAUUCAGAGUUUGGCGAAUCAGUCGACAUUGCUGAAUGGACUAGGAGAAAGAUUAGGGACAACAAAUCUUUAGAAGAAGCAUUAGAUCCUAAUGUAGGAAACUGCAAACAUGUUCAGGAAGAGAUGCUUUUAGUCCUUAGGAUAGCUCUUCUUUGCACUGCCAAGCUCCCAAAAGAUAGGCCCUCCAUGAGGGAUGUCAUAACAAUGCUUGGUGAGGCAAAACCUAGAAGGAAGAGCAGUAGCAACAAUGAUGGAUAUGCAGCUAACAAAGACAAGACCAUCUUUAGUUUUUCACCUGUGAAUGGCCUUGUGUAGGAAGGAACAUAAAUUGAGUUUCUUUUUCAUGGUCUUUUUUACUUUGAUUCUUAUUUUGUAUGUAGAAUUGUUAAUUGUCAAAGUGUCACUAGUCCCCACUUUGAUUUGUCUACACAUAUUUACGGGUACAUUAUAUUGGUUUGUAAUGCAUAUAGAGUUACAUUUUUGUUUAAGAAGCAAAAGUUUCCAAAACUGUUUGUACCCCUGUAUUAGAAUAACAAGGAAAUUUCUUUGUAAGUAAAGAUGAGAAAGGCUCAAUAAAAUUCUUCUAGAAUUAUUGUAGCCUGUUUUGGCUGUAUUUACUACUUGUUCUAAUCACUUUGUAUACUUCUUCUUGACUUUUCAACAAAGGUGUUCUGAAACAGUCAUGCUGACAAGCCAAUUAGAAAUUAAGAUUCAACUGUCUCCUCUUUGGACCUAUAAUUACUACA